CGGCUUCCUGCAAAAGCUCGAUGCGCAAAAGCUUUACCCAGAAUGCAACGAGGCUCUUCCUGUAGCGUCCCAAAAACAAGAUAGAUUUGGGAUUACCGCUGGAGUGACUACUAAGAAAGUGAGUGAAAAAGUGCCCAAACUACCGACUUUCUUGUCCGAACUGAACGAAGCAUACGUGGAACAUAAACGAGAGCCGACCAUGGCGUCGGAACAGUUUUCACUAUGUUGGGACAAUUUUCACAAGAACAUGAGUUCCGGCAUGAACGCGCUGCUGGAACACGAAGACCUAGUGGAUGUGACUUUGGCUGUUGAGGGCCGUCUAUUGAAGGCCCAUAAGAUGGUCCUGUCCGUGUGCAGCCCCUAUUUCAAAGAACUGUUCAAAUCAAACCCCUGUCAGCACCCCAUAGUGUUUAUGAAAGACGUUAGCUAUGUGGCGAUGAGUGAUUUGUUACAAUUCAUGUACCAGGGUGAGGUACAAGUGAGCCAGGACAAUUUAACCACUUUCAUUAAGACUGCCGAGGCCUUACAAAUCAAAGGACUCACCGGGGACGGAAACGGUUCAACUGAUGCCGAGACCGAAUCUCUGCCUGAAAAACCUGCGACGCGUCAUACUGAGGAGUCGUACAAGCCAAUGUCCAGACCAAAAAAACAGCCACUCACUCCUUCAGUGACUACAAGUCCCAAUCAAAGUGCAAAGCGGGCGCGACUUACCUCGAAUGAUUCGCAGUCAUCGCUUACCCCUAUUACGAAAACGGAACCCGCUUCGGCACAAACUGCAAAUACCGAUUCAGCGGUUCAAUUUAAAGUGGAACCCUACGACCAGAAUCAGUCAGUGUUGACGGACGACGAUGGCGGCGAAAAUAUGGACGAUAUGCUAGAUGAUAGUACUGUGGAUGGAGCUGAAGACUAUUCCAUGAUGGAGGGCGAAGAGCCCCAGGCUGGGACUAGCACCGACGGCACAGGAGAAGGACAAGAUGGGGCCUCGACGACGUUGCCUGAAAGGUCGCGGAGGCACUACGAGGCCGUCUACAACACCUUCAUGGACUGGCACAGCCUCCAAGACAAUGAUACGUUCGGCGAAGAAGUGAUUUUGAGCUACUUCAAGGUGCUACGCCAGUCGUACAGUCCGGCGUCACUUUGGGCCUACUAUUCCAUGUUGCGCAGCACACUGAUCAUCCACCACCAAGUGCACAUUGAGACCUAUGCGGAGUUGCGCAGCUUCCUCAAGGCCAACGCCAAAGGCUACAAGGCAAAGAAGGCCAAGAUGUUCACUCAGAAGGACGUUCAGAGGUUUUUGCGCGAAGCUCCUGAUAAAGUACACCUGGCCAACAAGGUGGCGUUGAUAUUGGCUUCAACAGGGGCCUGUCGGCCUGCGGAGCUGCGCGGCCUUAGUCUAGAAGAUAUCGUGGACUUUGGCUCGGCCAUGAUGGUGACAAUUCCUAGAGCAAAAUCCAGAUACCCGCGCCAAUUUACUGUGGCUGGACAAGAGUAUGAGUUCAUUAGAAGGUAUAUAGAGCUGCGACCCAACAAUGCGCAGUCUUCUGCGCUCUUUCUCAACUACCAGUCAGGCAAAUGCACUACGCAGCAUAUCGGGGUGAACAAGUUGAGCAACAUGGUGAAACAGAUUGCCAAGUUCCUGCAACUGCCCAAUCCCGAACAGUACUCGGGCUAUAGCUUUCGAAAAUCAUCCUCCUGGAUGCAGAAACACUGAGUUACUGGGUCUGAUCCAGCCCAGGUUUGGUCACUACUAGUCACAGAAAGUCACUUCCAGGAACACGAAGGUUAAACGCAGAGCGAAGAAAUUGACGUGAGAACCCUGUGGGAGACCACAGAGAUUGGCCAGGUGCCACUUAAAAUAUUUUGAUAGUAGAGCGUAAAUAAACCACAUUUCCAUUCA